CUGUGAGUGUGGACGAGAGUGGCGUGCGGAGCUCGCAUAAACACGACUCAGCUGCAGAAAUUAGCGCGAUCGGAAGAUUGAGGUGUUGCACAGCCUCGGCCUUUGAGGGGCUCUUUGGUAGGUGAAGCUUCGUGGGGGUGAUCCUUCGUGUUUUACCGUCGUCCCCUGCGCUCGUUGUUUUGGCCCCACCCUGGGAAAUGCGCAGCACUGACUCACGGUGACAGUUUCAAGGCUCCUGCCCGUGUGUGUGUGACCGAUCCUGCGUCCAUUUCCAGCACGGAGCUGAGGUGGCGAGAACAUCCAGCGUCGCAUUCAGCCCGAAGGCGAUCAGGGGUCGACAAAAUGGGAGAGGCAGAGACCAGACAGAGAUUGCUGCGCAGCGUGAAGAAGGAGGUGAAACAGAUUAUGGAGGAGGCUGUAACGCGGAAAUUUGUGCACGAAGACAGCAGCCACAUCAUUUCUUUCUGUGCUGUGGUGGAAGCCUGCGUGUUGCAUGGGCUGAAGAGGCGGGCUGCAGGCUUCCUGCGCAGUAACAAGUUGGCAGCGCUCUUCACGAAGGUGGGGAAAAUCUUUACUCCUGCUGAGGACCUGUGCAAGAAGGUGCAGGAGCUGGAACAGAUCAUCGAAAACAACUCCAGACAGAGCCAGUCUCAGAUGAGCCAGGACAGUAUCCGUAAGCAGCCGCGGGUCGCCAACCUCUCCCCCCAGGCCAUCAAACACCUGUGGAUCCGCACAGCACUGACAGAGAAAGUGCUGGACAAAAUUGUUCUAUAUUUGGUGGAAAACAGCAGUAAAUUCUAUGAGAGGGAAGCUUUGCUGAGAGAUCCUGUUGAUGGUCCAAUCCUGGCAUCUCUACUGGUUGGUCCCUGUGCUCUGGAGUACACAAAGGCAAAGACAGCUAACCACUUUUGGACGGAUCCUUCUGCUGAUGAGCUGGUGCAGAGGCACCGCAUCCACAGCGGCCACUGCCGCCAGGAUUCUCCCACCAAACGCCCUGCUCUUAUCCAAAAGAGGCAGUCGAGUGGCAGCAUGGACGACAGGCCCUCUCUGUGGGCUCGGGACUAUGUGGAGUCUCUCCAUCAGAACUCCAGAGCCACGCUGUUGUUUGGCAAGAACAACGUGCUAGUCCAGCCAACAGAUGACAUGGAAGCUAUCCCAGGAUACCUCUCCCUCCAUCAGACUGCAGAGCUCAUGACACUGAAGUGGACACCGAACCAGCUGAUGAAUGGCAACGUGGGAGAAUUAGAUUAUGAAAAAAGUGUGUACUGGGAUUAUGCAAUGACCAUCCGUCUAGAGGAAAUUGUCUAUUUACAUUGCCAUCAACAAGUUGAUAGUGGUGGCACUGUGGUCUUAGUGAGUCAGGAUGGGAUCCAGAGGCCACCAUUCCGCUUCCCAAAAGGAGGUCACCUGCUGCAGUUCCUCACCUGUCUAGAGACAGGUCUCCUUCCACAUGGCCAGCUUGAUCCUCCCCUGUGGUCCCAAAGGGGAAAGGGAAAGGUUUUCCCAAAAUUACGGAAAAGAAGUCCACAUGGCUCCUGUGAGUCCUUUUCUGAUAAGGAUGAUGAUGAGGCAACGGAUUAUGUGUUUCGGAUAAUAUACCCAGGCAGUCAGGAGUUUGUUGGCCCAGAGCUGAUGGACCAGAGCAUGAGCAUGUGGCAGCCCACUCCAAGAAAGUCUUCCUGUUCCUCCUGCUCUCAGAAUGGUUCUUCUGAUGGUGGACUCCCCAAUGGGUGCAACCAUGACAGGGCACCUCUGAAGUUACUUUGCGAGACCAUGAAGUACCAGAUCAUUUCUCGUGCUUUCUAUGGUUGGUUAGCCUACUGCCGUCACCUGUCCACAGUCCGCACACAUCUGUCGGCUCUUGUCAACCCCACCAUCAUUGAACCUGACAUUCCCUAUGAUGCCAGAGGAGGACUCUCUGCAGAAAUAUGGAAGACAUUUCUUCAGGAUAGUUCUGCUUACGAAGAAGCGGAGCUUCUCCGGCUGGUGUACUAUGGUGGUGUAGAACCUACUCUGCGGAAAGAGGUGUGGCCUUUCCUGCUAGGCCACUACCACUUCACCAUGACUCUUAAAGAGAGAAAGGAGGUGGACGAACAGGUCCGGGCCUGUUAUGAGCAGACCAUGAGUGAGUGGCUGGGCUGUGAGGCCAUUGUGAGGCAGCGUGAGAAAGAGCAGCAUGCUGCUGCCCUUGCCAAGUGUGCUUCUGGAGCCAGUGUUGACCGGAGCUUACGGCAAGACUCCACAAUCAGCUCUGACUCUUCCCAGAGCAGCAGCUCAGAGAAACAGAGCCAUGCCUGUUCUCAAAGUGACUCCAACAGUAGCACUCAGGUGUUCGGGUCUGUUGAUGAGGUUGACCCGAUUGAAUCUGAACCUAAGCCAAAAGAUGAGAAGCCACAGCCCAAAAUUCCAAACGGCACCCUUCCAAACUGCACCAGUUCUCCAGACUCUGGACAUCCAUCCUCUCGCAACUUCUCCGUCACGUCCGGACUCUCAGAUUGCUCUCCAAGCACGGAGGAUGCUUCUACACAAGAGUCUGGAAGCAAAAUCCCACCACCAGAGCCAUCAGCUGUGACCUCUGAGGUUGCAGUAGAACCUCCAGCCAACUCUAGCCUUGACAGCAAGGUCAAAGAAGAAUCUAAGGAGCAGAGCGCACCGGUUGUGAAUGGAGGGAAGAAAGAUCCUGCGGAUUUACAAACAGGAGAACUCACGACAGAAGAUAAGAUCAAAGCUCAGGAAGAUCAGAAGUUGGAGGAUUCUGAUGCCAAAGAAGUUAGCGGGACUGACUCAGUGGAAUCUCAGAAGGAGAAGGUGGAUGUAAAUGAAACAUCUGAGACCAGCGUUUCUGAAAUAGUAGAAAGCACAUUACCUGAAAUGAAAGAGAAUGAGCAUCAUGAAACAGUGGAUACAAAAUCGUCAGACAACAAUGAGCAAGGAAGUCAAUCACAUGAGGUUUCUGCUGAAGAGAUGACCAAAUCUUCAGAGGUGAUCAGUGACUCACAAGUGGUGACUGAUGCAAAGGAAAACACUGAGUCUGAUUUGGAAGCAAAGUCAACCCCAGAUUUAAAAGUGCAAGUACCUACCAAAUGUGAUCAUCCUAGACCACUUACAAAACAGUAUUCCGUGGAUGAGCCAAAAGAUACGAGCAAUCCUGAGGAGACUGAGAAGACGAGAGAAACUGUGACAUCUGAUUUGACAAGUGAACCUUGUAUGGAGUCUUCUGAAAAUGAAACAAAGCCUACUCAACCUCUCCCUGAAGUACCACACAUGGAAUUGCUAAUGAACAAUCCACCUGAUGUUGAGAAGCCAGCUGCACCAUACUUAAUGACCUGGGACUCUGAUCAGAGCAGAAGCAAGGCAUUAAUCAAACAAAUGACCGACCCUGUACCUGAGAGCUGUAUUUCCUUUAUGUCUUUAUCAAAGCAAUCACCAGACAUGUCAGACGACUCUCCAUCUGCUCUAGAAAUGGAGGAGAUCACAGCCGCUUUGGUUUAUAUGCCUGCAGAGGACACCCUGGUCAAGGCUCAAGUUACAAUGGGACCUCCCUUGGCUCUGUCAAUCCCACCAGAAAAGGUCGCAGCGGGUAUGCCUUCUCUGGAGCUGUGCAUGGAGGCAGGCCUAAACACUAGCCCAGAAGGUACUGAAUCAGCGCUGUCUGAGGAAGAGCCAGAGAUGGAGAGUCUGUUCCCCAAACCAGACUCUCUAGCUGUAGGAGGAGAACAUAAAAAUGAUGUUGCAUCUCCAGUUUCCUCCAUUGGGACCACUUAUUCUCAAGAGCUGCUAGACUUGUACACCCUCAAUCUGCACCGUAUCGACAAAGACGUCCAACGAUGUGACAGGAACUUCUGGUACUUCACCACUGCCAACUUAGAGAAACUGCGCAACAUCAUGUGCAGCUACGUUUGGCAGCAUCUAGAUAUCGGCUAUGUGCAAGGAAUGUGUGACUUACUUGCACCCCUACUAGUUAUUCUUGAUGAUGAGGCCAUGGCUUUUAGCUGCUUUACAGAGCUCAUGAAAAGAAUGAAUCAGAACUUUCCUCAUGGAGGAGCAAUGGACACCCACUUCGCCAACAUGCGUUCCCUUAUUCAAAUUCUUGACUCUGAGCUAUUUGAGCUGAUGCAACAGAAUGGAGACUACACCCACUUUUACUUCUGUUACCGGUGGUUCCUCCUAGACUUUAAGAGAGAAAUGGUGUAUGAUGACGUGUUCUCCGUAUGGGAGACCAUCUGGGCCGCCCGCACCAUCUCCUCUGGGCACUUUGUGCUCUUCAUUGCCCUGGCCCUGGUUGAGCUGUACAGAGACAUCAUUCUGGAAAACAACAUGGACUUCACUGACAUCAUCAAGUUCUUCAACGAAAUGGCUGAGCGACAUGAUGUCCCAAAACUUGUCGUGAUGGCCCGAGACCUGGUCCACAAAGUCCAGAUCCUUAUAGAGAACAAGUGAUUCAGCAUCUUUCACCAUUCGCUCUCCAUUGUCUAAUGAAGAAGACUACUUGUACCCUUUUUCUGCGUGUCAUACAUUCGAACCCAGCUCUUAGAUUGCUUCUUCCUCUUGACCUCCACAGGGCACUGCUGAGAGCAGGUUCUAAGGUUCUACGCCAGGUAAAAAGCAAGAGUUGGCCAAAAGAAACUGCUGAAGAGCAAUAACACCCGAUGAAAUUUAAAUAGAAAAUAGAUAUAGUAGAUUACAAUCCUUAGCAAAAGAAAGUCCAGUUUUGUACAAGAUUAUAUAAGACCGUAGACCAGAGGUCUUCAAAUCCGCACCUUGAAUCCAGUUUCCAGUCCUGGGUUUUGUGAUCACUGGUUGUGGUUGGCCAGCCAGUCACAUCAAGCUUUAUCCAAACUUGAUGGGACCCGACUGCUAACGUCAGGGUCAGAAAUCGUUUCAAAUUUCACAGUCAGGUUCUCUUAGUUGGUCUCCCACUUUUAACAGAUUUUACCCUGGAUCUCCCCCACUUUAGUUUUUCUCUACUUUCAUUACCACAAUGAGCCCAUACCCUGCAGUUUUCUUGUAUUUAUUUUUUCCACUGACAUCCAUUUAUAACAUUUGUGUGGUUUUAUGUACCAAAAAUGAAUUAAUUCUCUUUAACAUGACUAUUUCCCACCUCUUUUAAUCACUUAGAAUUAAACAGGAUGUUUUGUUACUGUGCCUUUAAAACAUAUACAUAUAAAUACAUGUAAAUGAGCUCUGUUCUGAUUGGCUGCUCUGUAUUGUGUCUCAUUCAAAAAUCAGUCCAGGCUGAAAUGCUCCUUAUAGUUUCAUCAUGAAUGGGUUGAGCUGGGUUGAAACUGCAGUAGGCUCAGUAGGUGGAUAUAUGUAAGUGUGUUGCUUCUUAAGAGAAAAUGGAUGCGCAGGAAACAAAACAGUGCCAAAAGGAUGUUUGUUAAUUUGGUCGACCAAAAGUAAUUAUGUCGUAUGUUCAAUGUAAAGAUUAAACAAGUAAAGGCUAAUUUUGCUAUAUCAGCACUGCACACCAUGAGAACAGCUGCUUAGUAAAUUUGAAUUCAAAGUUAAUUUCAGACAGAUGAUUAUUUAUUAUAUCUUAUUAUUUCACAGAUUUUUCUUCUAUUUAUUCAUGAUCUAGUGAUGGCUGUGAUCCAAUAACAGCUACUAUUGUUGCCACACAAUAAUUUCACCUAUCUAUCUAUUGUUAGAAUUACCAGGGGCACCUGUUGAUGUCACAGCCGUUCGAGUCCAAGACAGCAUAACUCCCAUCUCUCUCUAGGUGGGUAGGAUGGUCUUAACUUUCCUCCAAGAACUCAUCGUGAUGCCAGCCAAUGCAGGUGUCUGUUAGCUGACUUGACAGAAUUGGCAGUUAAUGUUCUCCUCCAAGCAUGUUGAGCUGUUCACUGAUUGUUGUUUUAAAAGAUGCGGUGGGGCUACACGUGCCUCUGAGGAAGCGCGUGCUAGCCUUCACCCUUCCAGUGUGGUAGCACUGUGCGAUAAAGGGAGACCCAGCUAGCGUGCAGAAUUGGUUUUGACUGAAUUGGGGAGAAAAAUGAAUAAAAAUCAGGUUUUAUUUGCACUUUAGCUGAGGGACUGGUUUGGAUCAGUUUCAGACAUAACUUUUUUUGGGCUUGGAUCAGCCUUAGACUCAGGCUCAGGUGGGGUUCAGACAAAAUUUUGUUGGGCUUGAGUCGGGUCAGGUACGGACUCAAAUGUUCUGACCAGUAUAGCGUCUAGAGUAUAGCUCCAGUCAGCAGUCCAAUUAACAAGCAUCAUCAUCAUCCUCAUCAUCUUUAACUGCUUAGUCCAGCUAGGGUCAUGGUAACAGUUGGGAGAGCAGAGAAUCCCAACCAACCCUGUCCCCUGCAACUUCCUCCAGCUCAUUCCGGGGGACCCCGAGCCGCUCCCAGGCCAGCUUGAAGAUAUAAUCCUUCCAGCGGGUCCUAGGAUGACCCCGGGGUCUCGUCCCUUUAGGCCAUGCCUGGUAAACCCCCACUGGGAGGGGUUCAGGGGGCAUCCUGAUCAGAUGCCUGAACCACCUCAACAGGCUUCUCUCAAUGAGGAGGAGUAGCGGCUCUACUCUAAGCUCCUCUUGGAUGACCGAGCUCCUCACCCUGUCAAGUAUAGUGUAUCCUGCCAACCUGCAAAGAAAGCCCGUUUGUGCCGCCUAUAUUCGUGAUCUCAUUCUUACGGUCAUUACCCACAGCUCAUGACCAUAGGUGAGGGUUGGGAUGUAGACCGACCGGUAAACAGAGAGCUUUGCCUUAUGGCUCAGCUCCCUCUUCACCACUACAGUCCGGUACAGCGACCGCAUUACUACUAAUUAACAAGCAGUGAUUACAACAUCCAUACUGGAAACUGGUCCAAAGUACAGUCAACGUUGACGGAAGCCAAAUUUCCCUCUACCAACGCAGAUUCUUUGAAAAGCACAAAACAUUGAAAUUGUGGUCUUUUUUAUCAUUUGUUCAAAUUAGAAACACAGACAGUUCCCAAAUGUGUCGAGUAUUGCUUGUUCGUCAUGCCAUCAGAAUAUUUGCACACAAAUCUUAGUCUGUGUCAGCACACCGUUCAAUUUUCAGGUAUUACUGAACUUGUAUUAUAAAUGAGAAAAUGAUGAUUUUUUGUAAUUAUUACUUAAACUUUCUGCCCCCAGUGACUUUGUCACUCAGUGACAUGUUGAGCUGCUACACAAUUAUGUACCUCACUCAGCGAACCAACCUUACUCGAAAAACAAUCUAUCGAUAAUAUAUCUAUAAUCUCGGAGAUGUGUUUAUUUUUUAUCUGUCUUUUUUGCCUUAAGUUCCUUUGUUUAGGGACAAGUGCUGUCAGUUUGUUUCUGCUCAGUGAGUGAUUAUACCACGAGGCCGAUUAGUGGGCUAUGUCUCUGCAUCAGAAUGUGGGUUGACUGAAGCCAUUAUACGUGAGACUUGUUCAUACAUUACUGUAGUCGGCAUAUAUAACAUUUACAUGAGGAGUGUGUGUGUGUGUGUGUGUGUGUGUGUGUGCGUGUGUGCGUGUGUGUGUGUGUGUGUGUGUGUGUGAGAGAGUGAAUACGUGUGUGCGUGUGUGCUCUGAUCUACCAGCAACCAAAAUUUUGUAUGGUUGUCUCAUACUUUUAGCACUGGAUUCAAUGUGAUUGUAGGAAUCUGCUAAAAAAAAAUAUCUUGUAAUUCAAACCACGUGUUUCAAGUGCCAGUGUUAUCAACACUAACCAUCACCCAUAUGACAUUUCCAUCUAUAUCUGUGCGUAUUGCCAUUUCUUAAUAGAACACAGUAUAAAAAUAAAUGAAUGAUAUGGAAAAUUAAAUUAUUUGUGAAUUGUACAAAGUGCUGUAUUUGAAAGUGACGAUUUAUUUAUGAGAACGGAAAUAUAACAGAUAACCUGACUAUGUUAAAAGAUUAUACUCUACGCUUAUAUAUUUUUAUUGUAAUCUGUGUAACAAUAUAAUAUAUUGUCAGAAUGUUGUGCCACUAACGAUGAUCUGUAUUGUAAUAUGGAAUAAAUGUGAACUGUGGUGAGUG